AUUAAUUAUAUAUGUAUCGGCUGCGCCCUGCGAGGAACCUCUGCUCCUCCACCUCCGGCGCCAGACAGCAGGAACUUCGCCGCCGCCGUCUGCCCUUUUUCUCUCUCUUUCCCUAACCGGCAGUGAUGUCCUGGUUUUUCUAACCGUUUACCUCAUCGCUGCUGCCGCCUGAAAUGUAUCUCUCUUGAGUCCAAGGUUUACAAGAUGUGUGUGGAAAUGCCUCAAAACUGUUCGUUAAAAUGUCUGAGUGAUAAAUCUAAGUCUGAAAUCAUACUGGCUCACAAGCAUGCAAUCAUUCUUCUUCUUGUUGCUUUUAGAGAUCCAGUCGACUUUGCAAACAUUGGUUGUGAUUUGGGUUUGAUUCAGCGGAAAUUUGAUCAACCCCUAAAAUCUGAAUAGCUAAAUCUUCCUCUGCAAUAGCCCAGACAAAAUCCCAAAUUUUAUUUUUUCACCCCAGUCAAUGUCUCUCCGAAAACCACCGCUCCCUCGGAUUCUCCUCAAUAAUGUCUCUUGCAUGAGGAAUGGGCAACGGAUCCUGCGACACGUAAAUGUAUCUAUUCAUGAUGGGGGAGCGCUUAUCUUAACUGGCACUAAUGGCUCAGGAAAAUCCACCUUCCUCCGAAUGUUAGCUGGGUUUUCCCGGCCUUCUGCUGGUGCUAUCCUCUGGAAUGGUCAUGACAUAAAGGACUCCGGGAUUUUCCACCAGUACAAGCUUCAGCUCAAUUGGCUUUCUCUGAAAGAUGCCAUCAAAGACAAGCAAACAGUUCUUGACAAUGUGCAGUGGUUCGAGGUUCUUGAAGGGAAGCAGGGGAAGUCCCUGCCCGCUCUGGAGUUUAUGGGACUCGGAAGAUUAGUAAAAGAGAAGGCAAGAAUUCUGUCAAUGGGUCAGCGGAAAAGGCUGCAGCUUGCAAGGUUAUUGGCAAUUGAUAGGCCGAUCUGGUUGCUUGAUGAGCCCUCAGUUGCACUGGAUGACGACGGUGUGAAGUUGCUUGAACAUAUCAUCAGGGAGCACCGAAAGAAGGGUGGGAUUGUGUUUGCGGCAACUCAUUUGCCCAUAGACAUUGAGGAUGCCAUGCAGUUGAGGCUGCCGCCUAGGUUCCCAAGCCGGAUAACUCAUUUAGACAUGCUUGAUCGAAAUCUUGAAUUAUAAUGUUGUGCGGAUACUGAUUAGAUGUGUACUCAAGUCAAGUUAGCGCAAUGGAAUUUUCAAAGUUGGCUCAACUCAGAAGUUCUAACCUCAGAACCUGAUUAGUUUUGAGUGUCCUCGUGAGUAGUAAUGUGAAACUUGAACUCAUUUCUCCAAGGUACUCAAUUGGUUUGAACUCGGCUUGGUUCUUCAAGUUACAAAACAAGUUGUCCUCAAGGAGCUUCUGAGGUAGCUCGAGUCAUUUAAACCCAUAUACCCGAUGCUGUAAUCCCAGCUAUCUGUGAACUAAUUAGAAUUUUUCCUUCGUAGAUUUGGAAGUCUUCUUUGUAUUUUGUUCUUACCUCAUUUUUUUUCUUGCGAGAGCUUGUGCUUCACCAAUGGAUGGCUAAGUUAUUGUUAAUAUUAAAUAA